UCUAAGGAGAAAUAUCAUUGACAAGAUUCCAACAGCAACAUGACCACGGUUUGCGAAGCUUGUAGAUCCCUGCCAAUUUAUAAAUACGCCCCAUGCCUUGGCCCAAAAAAACACAUCCAGAAGAGAAAAUCAUCCUCCACCACCCAUUAACAUGUCAGUUGAGCUCGAGCUUCUAUUAUCUUUUCUCCUUCUCAUUGUCUCGUUCUUCUUCGUCUUUUUCUUUAUCACUGGAAGCUCCAAAUCUGAAAAAUCUAGCUCUACUCACCUCCCAAAAUCUUACCCAUUGAUCGGUUCUUCUUUCGCUAUAAAGGCAAACUUCGACCGACGAAUUCAAUGGACGUCGGAUAUUCUCCAAAACAUUCCUUCUGCAACAUUUGUCCUCCACCGUCCUAUGGGUCACCGCCAGAUCUUCACCGGAAACCCAACCAACGUGCAACACAUACUCAAGACUAACUUUCACCACUACCAGAAAGGCUCAUUUACUCGACACACUCUCUUCGAUUUCCUUGGUAAUGGCAUCUUCAAUGCCGAUGGUGACACCUGGAAAUUUCAAAGGCAAGUUGCCAGCCACGAAUUCAGCAACAGGUCUCUGCGUAAAUUUGUUGAGACUGUGGUCAAUACGGAACUCUCUCAACGCUUAAUUCCAAUCCUCUCCAUUGCGGCUGCCAACAAAACAGUGCUCGAUUUGCAAGAUAUUCUUCAGAGAUUUGCUUUUGACAAUAUAUGCAAAAUCGCUUUUGGGUAUGAUCCCGCAUAUUUGUUGCCAUCUCUUACACCCGCACAGUUCGCAGAAGCUUUCGAAGAGAGUACCAGGAUAAUCAGUGCCAGACUCAAUCGCCCAUUCCCUAUAAUAUGGAAAAUAAAAAAGCUUUUCCGUGUUGGAUCUGAAAAACGUCUCCAAAAAUCCAUGUCUCAGGUACGCGAUUUUGCCAUGAACAUCGUCAAAGAGAAGAAGGAAGAACUCAAACAGAACUCAUCCCUCGAAUCAGUUGAUCUCUUGUCGCGAUUCUUAAGUUCUGGCAUUUCCGACGAGACCUUCGUCACUGAUGUUGUCAUCAGCUUCAUAUUAGCCGGUCGUGACACCACAUCUGCGGCUUUAACGUGGUUUUUCUGGUUAAUCUCGAAAAACCAACAUGUAGAAACUGAAAUUCUUAAAGAAAUACAGGAGAAAUCGAACGUAGCCAUUUUCGAAGAAGUGAAGGACAUGGUAUACACCCACGCUUCCUUGUGCGAGACUAUGAGGUUGUACCCUCCAGUUCCUGUGGACACCAAAAUAGCAGUUAGCGAUGACGUUUUGCCUGACGGGACGUGGGUGAAGAAGGGUACUAGAGUCACAUAUCAUCCAUACGCGAUGGGGAGGCUAGAGACCCUAUGGGGUCUGGAUUGGGCUGAUUUCAAGCCAGAGAGGUGGCUACAAGAGGGAGAUGGAGUGAAGAACAAAUGGAGUUUCGUUGGGAGAGAUCCCUACACCUACCCGGUGUUUCAAGCUGGGCCAAGGGUUUGUCUGGGGAAAGAAAUGGCCUUCUUGCAAAUGAAGAGGGUCGUUUCUGAAGUUCUGAGCAGGUAUAAGGUAGUGCCAGCAGCGGAGGAUGGUGAGGAGCCAGUGUUUAUUUCUCAUGUCACCAGUAAGAUGAAGGGUGGCUUUCCGGUGAGGUUCGAGGAAAGAAAUCCUGGAAAAAGUUCGUGGCCGGAGCUAGUGGGAGUGAAAGGAGAAGUGGCGGCAGCAACUGUGAUGAGAGAAAACCCCAAAAUAGGCGCUGUGAUAGUGAAGGAAGGGAUGAUGGUGACUAUGGACUUCCGUUGUGACAGGGUUCGACUUUGGGUCGACCAAUGUGGAAUUGUCAAACAGACCCCUCAAAUUGGUUAACUAACGGUCCAAUGAGCUUUUCAAGUAAUUAUCAAUAUAAAGCUUGUAAUGUUUUUUAAAUAAAAUAAAAUUGUCAAUAAUUUUUAUUCUUCCUUAUCAAGGAUGGAAUAAUACUAAUAAUAAUAUUUUCCCCUCUAAA